AUGGAGUUGUCGGAGUUGUCGAUAUCCCUGGCCCACCAGCUGCAGGGAGAGGUCAUGUGUCCCGUGUGUCUGGACUACCUCAAAGACCCAAUGACUCUCAUCUGUGGCCACAAUUUCUGUGGCUCCUGCAUCAAGAUGUCGUGGCAGGACCUGCAGGACAUGUUCCCUUGUCCUCUGUGCAGGAUGUCUCUGCCAGAGAAGUUCAUCAGUGAAAACCUGCAGCUGGGAAGGCUGGUAGACCUGGUCAAGAUUCUAAAGGACGCCAAGAGCAUGGCAAUGACUCAGGAAGAGGCAGGCAGGUGUGCAGAGCACCAGCAAGAGCUGAGCCUCUUCUGUGAGGACCACGAAGAGCUGCUGUGUCCCCUGUGCGCUCAGGGUCCUGCCCACCAGGGCCACCACACGACACCUGUGGCAGAGGCUGCGAAUCAUCACCGACAGAGGCUCAUUAGUUAUAUUGAGCCCCUGAAGAAGCAAAUGGAAGAGGUGCAGAAGCUGCUGGCCCUACAGGACAAGAACCUCCUGCAUAUGAAGGAGGACAUGACGAAGCAUAGGAUAAAACUAGUCUCGGAAUUUGAGCAGUUAAACCGGUUUGUGCAGCAUGAACAAGAGGUGGCUCUGUCCACGCUGGUGGAAGAAGGAAAACACCUGAAAAGGCAACUAAACACCAGAAAUGCAGCCUACUCACAGUACUUCGACACAAUAAGGGGCCUCAUCAAGGAGUUAGUAGAGCGGAGCGUGAUGUCCGAGGUGAUGUUGCUGAGGCAGCUCAAAGGCAUUGAGCAGCUUUGCAAGGACCCGGAGCCCCCGGACGUGCAGCCCCCGACCUUCAGCUGGAUCAACUACAGCCUCCCUCCUCUGUGCUCUGCGCUGAGCAACCUCAUCCGCAGGUUCCUCGAGCCCGUGAGCCUGGAUCCCCAAAUGGCUCACCCCAGUCUGCGCGUGUCCGAAGACGGCAAGUCCGUGUCCUGGGUGCCCGGGAGCCCCAAAGCGCAGGCCAGAGGCCAGGCCCAGGGCAGCAGCGCCGAACUGGUGGUCCUGGGCAGGGAAAGCUUCGCCUGUGGCCGCCACUACUGGGAGGUGCAGGUGGGCGACAAGCCCGAGUGGGCCGUGGGCGUGUGCACAGACGCCCCUUGCAACCAGGCCCAGGGCUUCCCGCCAGGCAGGAAGGGACUCUGGGUCCUGCAGCUGCAGGAUGGCGUCUACCUGGGGGCCGGCUCUGCGCUGGCGCCCCUGGCUCUCAAGGACAGGCCCAAGGUCAUCGGCAUUUUCCUGGACUAUGAGCUGGGCCAGCUUUGCUUCUACAACGCAAGCGAUAGGUCCUACCUCCACUCUUUCUCGGAGAACUUUGUUGAGGUGCUGAAGCCCUAUUUCCGUGUGGGGCCCGACUGCACCCCUCUGACCCUGAACUCUGGCACAGGGGAACAGGAAUGA